GGUUGCGCAGUUUUCGACUUUGAACAGUCCCGAAAAAACGUUUGCACCGAUUUCGAGUACUGGUAGACAGGUCGACAGACCGGCCGAAAAUACAAGAGCAAAAGUUAAGGCGAGACGACGUGACGAACCAACAGUUGAGCAGCCGACUAGUAGCAAGGCAAAAGACAAAAGACUUAAGCGACAAACUUCAUUUAAAAGUCAUAAAUCAAAGCUAGAGCCCAACUAACGCUAGUCGUGUACUAUUAUCAGGCGCGCGUUUACCGUAAAAUGAUGCGUUUUUAUAUGCUGUUGGCGCUGCUGUGCACUGGCUCAUGCGUAAUUAACGCCAGCCCUGUGCCAGAUUCUACACCCGCCACAACAACAACUCAUAGUGAUGACGAUGUGCAGAUUGUUAAAUAUUCCAAUGAUAAUAUCGGCGCCAAUGGCUAUAAUUUUGCCUUCGAGACCAGCGAUGGGGUGUCACGCAAAGAAAUGGCUACCGUGAAACAUGCCGGGGCCAUAUCGGUCGAAGGCACAGUCAGCUGGACAGGGCCGGAUGGUGUACAAUAUACACUUAAUUAUGUUGCUGAUGAGCAUGGCUUCCAGCCACAGGGCACACAUCUGCCCGUGGGCCCAGAGCCAGCGUCUUAAGUGUUAAUUUGUUUGGUUUAUGACCUCUAUAACUAGAUUCGGCAGCAGAAUAUGGUUGUAUUUAGUUGUACGUGUAUUGUGAUGUUAAAUUUUAGUUCAAUUGUAAAUAUUUUCUAAGCAAAUGAAGCAAUUUACGAGUAUUGCAUGAAUUAUGUGAAUAGUCUAGUCGUUGAUGUUACUGUUAAUAAAUAACGCUGCAUGGAAAUAA